UCGAAGUUCAAGCUUCACACCUUUUUUUAGAAGGGAAAAUGAUAUUUAGUUGACAGCAAAAUCUCUGCAAAACCCUAGCGAUCGAUAUUCAGCACCGUGACUCCCGUUAAUCCUCCUCUAGUCUCGAGGCCUCCACUGCCUUCAGUCAUGGCCUUCUCAGCUAUAGUUCGCCGCGCCACCUCGCCGACCGCACGAUAUUCCGUAGAGUUCUGUAUCCGUCGUCAGAGUGUUCGUAGUCUUAACUUCGCUCCCUUACGUUCCCUUCCCACUGGAGAAAUCCUUAAUCGCGGAGAAGGAAGCCAGCCUCCCUCCUCCUUCUUGCCACUCGCUCGCUUCUCUUCGUUGCUGUCAAAGAAGCAGGCUGCAGAUGCCGAACUUAUUCAGAUAAUCAAAUCGGAAAUUAAGUGCGCCGAUGAAGAGCAUCUAGCGGCUGAAGAAAUUCCAAAAGGUUUUCCCUUUGAGAUCCAAGAUGAAGAGGGCUCAAACAUUAUAACUCUAAGAAGAGAUUAUUUGGGUGAAAAGAUUGAAGCUAUUGUUUCCAUGCCUAGAAUUGAGGAACCUGAUAACAUUGAAGGUGUAGGUGACGGGGAUGCCGGUCGUGCAGGCGACGAGAAGAUCAACCAACCCGCUAUUCCGCUGACUGUCAACAUCAGCAAAUCCAAAGAACUAAAUCUGGAGUUUAGCUGCACCGCUUUUGCCGACGAAAUUGUGAUCGACAGCUUAUCGGUCCAAAGAAAAGAUGAAUCUGAUGAUGGUGUGCUAGCGUAUGAAGGUCCUGAUUUCAAUGAUCUUGAUGAGAAUCUCCAGAAAGCAUUUCACAAGUUCUUGGAAAUAAGAGGGAUAUCUCCGGCGACCACCAACUUCUUGUAUGAAUAUAUGAUACACAAAGAUGAUAAGGAGUACUGCCGGUGGCUUCAGAAUCUGAAGCAGUUUAUUGAAAAGUAAUGAGAAGAAGAUUGAAUGAUACAAAGUAGAGGUUUGUCUCUAUUCUUAUAAGAAGAAAUUUUGUUUUUGGUUCUGGUUGAGUUUUUUAUAUGUUGGAGAGGGAAUUCAUGCUGAUUUCAUAGAUCUAUCAUGAGUUUUGAUUUAUAUUUUGAAGCUAAACGCCAUCUGAUUUAUAUGUUUCUCUAUCUGCGCUUAAUUUGUUUUGAGUCUAUUAUAUUUAUAAUCUGGCUGAACUGCUCUGCUUGCUCUGCUUUGAUGC